AGUGCAGCUGGUCCUGCCUGCAGGAUCGCGCCAAGUUGCGCAAGAAGGCGCCCCUGGGCCGAGCGUGAGUGCUUUGCCCUGGCCACCAUCUCCAGGGGCUCCGCGCCGGGCGUCCCCGCCGCAGAAGGCUCUGCGCACGAUGGCUCACCAGGAAUACCGGGCUCUUUCUGCCCUUUUCUUCGUUGUCACAGUGGCAGGAUUACAUAUCAACUUUGCAUCUUCAACCAGUGCCCCUACUAUCAACACACCUACUCCCUUAAAAAUAGCUACCUCAGGAAGAACCACAUCUGAUGAUCAGACUCCUAUAUCCAAUGGCAUCACUUCAAUUAUCACCAUGCCAGUAACUGCAGCAUCAGCCUCUGUUUCCCUUAGGAUCACUUCAGGACGUACAGAGCAAGAUCAUUCCACAGUUUCUACUGAUGGUGCCUCCACAGUGGACAUUUUGGCUACAACACCCCUAUCAAGAACUGUUUCCAGAGCUAAAUCAUCCCCACAGUCAAGCACUGGAUCACAAAGUACAGAAAACAGCGUGGCCUCUGUGACAUCAGUUGCUAGUUGUACAACAAAUACCAUUCGCCCUUCAGAAACCCUGGGAAUCACCUCUUCAUACAUUAGAACAGCAUUAUCUACCAUUGUUGCUUCAACUGAUAUCACAAACCUUAGCGCAACUGUCCCUACCCAGUUGCCAAACACAGAAACAGCAGCAGUAACUGUGACCACAAGCAAGAAACUCCCUACUGAGGAGACAACAUCUAGGGAGGCUCCUGUGGCACCCACUUCCCCAAGCCCCAUAGAAAGGCUUACACCUUCACAAAUGCAUUUAGGAAGUAAAUCUACUCCUGACACCUCCCUUACUGAUGGCACCACUUUCUCUGCUGGCAUAACCAUACAAGAGGUCCCACAUGCUUUGAGUUCAGGAAGCAUUGCAGCCAUUACUGUAACAGUGAUUGUAGUGGUACUGGUGGUGUUUGGCCUAGCCACAUUCCUGAAGAUCAGGCAUUCUUCUUAUGGACGACUCUUUGAUGAUCAUGACUAUGGAUCCUGGGGAAACUACAACAAUCCUCUCUAUGAUGACUCUUAAGCAAAGAAAGUUAAUCAAGCCAAAAACUUGGCUUGUAUUUAUGAAGCACUUAUUUCACUUCAACUGCCGUGGUCUGAUAGCCUUCUACAUCCAACUUCUGUGUUUUUCACUCUUCCAUCUGUUUUAUCUGAUGUACGAUCCUGAUUUCAAUACACAUCAGAAUCUGCAAAAUGAAUUGGACUGCAAUGAAGCUUACAGCAAGAAAGCAGGCAAGAGCUGGAAUGUGUAACCACAAGAAUAUUUACUCAUAGGCAUACUAGGUCCAAACCUUACUUAUAUAAUGUUGUUAGAAUCUCUGCAAAGGGAGGAAAAGAUCGUGGAAAGUUUCUGUAUCAGUAUUACUUGUGACUGAAUUCCCAGCAGCUUGUAGAUGAAAAGGCUUAGUGGGAGAUCUUCCAGGCAGAAAGAAUGUGGCUUCUUUAGUAAUUAACUACCAAACGUUUGCCAAACAGAUAGCUUAGGAGGGACUCAGAAAAUUAAUACCCAUCUUGGCUCUUGUUUUAUUGGCUUUACCAGGUUGUCUCCAUAGGAAAUUCAAAUUUAGGAAGGCUGGGAAAAACCUCAUACUAUUGCUGAAGUUCUUGUGAAGUGUCUUGUCCCAUAUCUGUUUUAACAGGGAAGGGCAAAACUACACUGAGCUAUCUCUACAAAUGGCAGCCAAAUGCCAUGUUAUUUUUCAUGGUCUGUGUGCAUCACACAUAUGGGGCUCCUCACACAUGCACGGAGCAGUUUUAGGGAAGAUUCCAAAGCUAAUUAAUUAUUAUUCAGUGGAUGCCCAGCCCCCAACGUGACUAGCGUGAGGGUGGGGCUCCCACCGAGACCUCAGUUCUUCGACCACCAUUGUGAGCACAUUGGGAAGUUCCUUCUCUUAUUUACCUCACAAAAUUAUUUGUCUUUGACGAGUUUUUGCUACCAGUCAUUUCUUCUCACUAGAAGAGAAAGAGAGAGAGAGAGAAUAAUUUUAAAAUCAGACCUUGGACGACAAGAGUUCUCAGUGGGAGAACCUUUGCCCGCUAACCCUGCCCUACCUCGCGCCUCAUUGAACUAACGAAAUGGCAUUGAAGGCUCCUUUCGGCAAUUGCACCACGUGCAGUAGUAAACUCCCUCCUACAGACAGCCAUCCCCUUUGCCUUUUCUGCCUCCGAGAAUCUCAUGUCAUAGAAUCCUGCUAUCACUGCCAAGCUUUUACCAAGCAGGCAAGGAAACACUGAGCUUACUGGCUAAAAGCCAGACUUUGCAUCUGUGCCCUGCUUGCAGAGGGUCCUCAUUCAUCUAACUUGGGGGCCCCAAUUCUCCCAACCACGGAGGAGAUGUUUGCUCCUCCAUCAGCUAAAAUUCCUAAAACAAUGAAACAGAAAAAAACAGACGAGAAGGCAAAGUCCUCCAAAUUACUUAUCCUUAACAAAGAGAAGGAGAGUGCUAAGAGUGGCCAAAAAUGCACGGAUUCUCCACCAUCUGUCAGUCUCCCAUGUACCGUAGCAAGAAUAGAGCUACCCUUCUGCUCCGAUACCAAGACAGUCUCAGGAGCUUCCCUCCCAACCGAAAAGCACCUUAGUUUCAGAGGGGGAGAUGUGUGAUCCAGCUCCAGCUCCACUCUCAAAACCCAAGCACCCAUUGGUACAGAGGCAAACCUUGCCUGUGCCCUUGAUCCCUAGUGUAUUUCUCCAUUCAGAACAGCAAAGACAUAGACAUUGUUCUCGCUCUCAUUUGACUGAGACCUCACACAGAAGACAUCAAACUCCGUUGGGACAUCAAGGGGACAUCAAUACCAACUACUGUGUUGAGCAAUGGGGAUCCAUAAACUCCAGGCACGAAGGCUCCCAUUGAAGCCCCUAUGGGUCCCAUCGGGAUUCUAUACCAGGACCACGGUGUGUUCCUCCCUUUUCCAAGCCUGUUCAGGAACGUACCCAGGCAACUAUCCCUCGCGUGUCGACCUCCUUUUAGCAUACUUAGCCACCACACAAACCAAACCAAAUCAGUCAGACAUAGACCAGUUCAUUUCAAUUUCGGUCAUCUCCCUUCUGGACCGACACUCUGACUUACCACCUGGUACUUCUAUACCAACAUUAGAUUUUCCUCACACACCAGAGAACUUGGGCCUCUUUUCUUCCCACGUUCCCCACAUGGCUCACAGUCUUGGGCUCAACCGUAGACAGGAACCCACCAGAGUGAAAGAACCAGUCUUUGAAGUGGUCCAUGUGGAGUCUGCCGGUCCAGUCACCAUCCCGCUUCUACCAACCUUCUCUCAGCAGGACUUCUCCAAGUGCCACAAAUGGGAACUACACGCCAUGGUCUUCAAUCCCUUUGGAAUUGUUGGGGUGUUUCUCAGGUAGAUCCAAUCACUACCAAACACAACACCAUGUGUUCAAGAGCAGGCCUGGGCACUCCCUCCCUCGGAGAUGCAUUUCUGCUAUCCUGGAACAGGAACCUGUUCUACCUGUUUCUCCUGUUCCCCCUGAUCCCAAAAGUCCUCACAAAAAUCUCUUGAGACCUCACCAAUGUCAUCCUAUUACACCAUGGUAGCUCAGACAGCACUGGCUCCUUCUCCUGCUUGACCUUUCCAACAGGAUGUUCCUCCACGUGCUGUAUCAUAUGGACCUCCUUUCUCAGGACCACAGCAAAACCUUCCAUCUCAACCUGACUAUUCUCAAACUCACCACAUGGAUAAUUCAACAGAGCCCGCACCACUGAUAGACAUCCCUCCUGACCUCAGAGCUGUGAGGCUUCUUUUAAUCCAUUUACUCAAAAAUCAUAUGAUGCUAAGUGGACAGUAUUCACUAUCUUCACAAGGCAACAUGACUUCUCUCCAGCCAUAGCCUCUCCCGUUCAAAUCCUCCUCUUCCUUAACUCCGUGAAUAAGAAGGGUCUCUCCUACUCCUCCAUCAGGGUGUACACGGCUGCCAUAUCAGCUUUCCAUGCUCCUAUUCUAGGACAUACAGCUUUCUCCCAUCCUGUAAUUUGUAUGUUCCUCAAAGGGGUCCUCAAUUUAGCCCCUCCCAUCAGAUGCCCUUCUCCAUCCUGGAGCCUCUCAGUCAUCCUCCAUGCUUUCACUAACCCUCCCUUUGAGUCAAAAGUUUCCUCUGAUCUAUGCCUUUUUUCCCAGAGAGCAACCCUUUUGGUUGCUGUCAUCUCUGUCCUCAGAGCUGUUGAACUUGCAGCUCUCAGAACUGAGCCUCCUUCUGUCACCCUGUCUAUUUAACUUAUACGCAGAGCACAUCAUGUGAAAGUGUGGCUAGACGAAUCACAAGUUAGAAUUAAGAUUGCCAGGAGAAAUAACAACCUCAGAUAUGCAGAUGACACCACUCUAAUGGAACUAAAGAGCCUCUUGAUGCGGGUGAAAGAGGAGAAUGCAAAAGUUGGCUUGCAACUCAACAUAAGAAAACUAAUAUCAUGGCAUCUAGUCCUAUCACUUCCUGGCAAAAGUGCUAGCACUUUAUAAAUCCAGGACUCAAUCCUUUAGAAAAUUUCAGAGAGUUUUUGUCCUCUAUGGUGAAGCACAACAGUGGAGCCCUGUUUCCCCACAAAGGCUUUCCAGGUGGAUUGUGCACACCAUAUCCCUGAUGUAUGAGCUCUCUGGAGUUCAGCUCUCCAGAACUGUUAAAGCACACUCUACCAGAGCUACCUCUACCUCCACCACUCUCUAUGCUGGAGUGUCACUCACUGACUUAUACCCUUCAACCUUUAUUCACUAUUACAGUUGAUGUUAACUCCAGGAAGGACUGUGCCUUCAGCAGAGUGGUCUGAUGAACAACACCACCCUCCUCAUUGAGGUGAGCUUGCCAGUCUACAUGUAUGAUGCACAGAGACCACAAAGAAUAAAGGCGGGUUUCCUUAUCUGUAACUGUUGUUCUUUGAGUGGUCAUCUGUGCAUUCGCACAUACCCACCCGCCAACCUCUCUGGUGUCUCUCAUUUGACACAUGGGUUGCACAUCUCUUGAUGUGACUAUGAUGGCAGUCUCAGUCUCGAACUGAGGUCUCAGUGGGAGCCCUGCCCACAUGCUAGUCACGUUGGGGGCUAGGAUCCUGCCGAAUAAUAAUUAAUCAGCUUUGGAAUCUUCCCAAAAACUGCUCCACACAUGCACAAAGAGCCCUGCAUGCACAGAUAAGCACUCAAAGAAUGACAGUUACAGGUAAGGAAACCUGCCUUUCUCCCCUCUACCUAGUAAUAGGCAACCUGAUUCCCUCCAGAUGUUUUAGACAACAAUCACCAUAAUUCCUGACCACUUGCCAUGCUGGCUGGGGCUUGUAGGAAUACUAGGCAGAAAUAUCUGAAAAGUGCUAGGUAGCCUGUCCUCUGGUUUUGCUGCCUUUUCAUCUGUGGAAAAAAUGCACACUGUAACAAUGUCAUAAUUGUAAGCUAAGCUAGACAUUCUUGAGUGAGAGAAGGGGAAUUCAUUUUAGAGUUGCCAUUAAUGGCAGCAGUCCCUUGUCUUUUCCAACAUGUAAUUCCCCUCUGAGACUGCUGUGCUGAGGGGGCAGCACAGAUCGACCAAGCCUUGCUGAAUUGGAGCCCCUACAGCACAGUUACACUUUGGGAGAUUGUUUUUUUAUAAUUGUAGGAACACACGACUGAACAUGUAGAACACGUAGCUCUAAAGCCUUUUUUUAAAGUAAAGUUACUGUUGCCUUCUGACUACAGAGAAUUGGAUGCUGUGAUCGCUGUUAAACUUCAUUUUGUUGGGGUUCAAUAAAAAAACAAG